GUUCCCAGAGUUCCUAUUGGGUCAACGCGGGAAGCUCCAAGAUGGCGGCAGCGGCGGCCAGCGGCACUGGCACCGGCACCGGGAGUACUGGGUCCAUAGCGGCGGCAGCCAGCAAGAACAAUGUCACUAGUUUCCAGAGGAGGAGUCCUAGAGCGAGCAGUACUGACAGCGGCGGCUCUCGACUGGUGUCCAUCGCGGGCACACGACCGUCAGUGCGGAAUGGACAGCUGCUGGUAUCAACCGGGCUCCCAGCCCUGGACCAGCUCUUAGGUGGAGGAUUGGCCGUUGGAACCGUUCUUCUAAUCGAAGAGGAUAAAUAUAAUAUUUAUUCUCCUUUGCUCUUCAAAUAUUUCCUGGCAGAAGGAAUCAUCAGUGGGCAUACUUUGUUGGUUGCAUCUGCAAAAGAUGAACCUGCCGAAAUUUUACAGGAACUUCCUGCACCAUUACUUGAUGAUAACUGUAAAAGAGAAUUUGAUGAAGGUGUAUAUAAUCGUGAAACAUCAGAAUCUAACAUUAAGAUGAAAAUAGCAUGGCGUUACCAGUUGUUACCCAAGAUGGAGGCUGGACCAGUAUCAUCUUCAAGAUUUGGUCAUUAUUAUGAUUCUUCAAAAAAGAUACCACAAGAACUACUUGAUGCUUCAAAAUGUCAUGGAUUUUUUCUUCCAGAAAAAAUAUCUUCAACUCUUAAUGUAGAAUCCUGUUCUUUGACCCAUGGAUACAUACAGCUGCUUCAGUUUAUCCAGAAAAUUAUUUAUGAGGAAGGAUUCGAUGGAUCCAAUCCCCAGAAAAAACAGAAAAACAUUUUAAGAAUAGGAAUUCAGAAUCUUGGUUCACCUUUGUGGGGAGAUGACGUUUUCUGUACGGAAAACUGUGACAACAGUUACAGCCUUACCAAGUUCCUCUACAUUCUCCGUGGUCUUCUGCGAACCUCUCUUUCAGCCUGUAUCAUCACAAUGCCAACACAUCUUAUCCAGAAUAAAGCAAUUAUUGCUCGGAUUACCAACUUGUCAGAUACAGUAGUUCAUCUGGAGUCGUUUAUUGGUUCUGAGAGAGAAACCAACCCAUUAUAUAAGGAUUAUCACGGUUUGAUUCAUAUACGGCAGAUUCCUCGGCUUAAUAACUUGAUUUGUGAUGUAUCAGAUGUCAAAGACUUAGCUUUUAAAUUAAAAAGGAAGCUAUUCACCAUUGAGCGACUGCAUUUGCCUCCAGACUUGUCAGACACAGCAAGCCGCUCAAGCAGACAGGAUCUGGCAGAAUCGGCCAAGCUGCUGGGCCCAGGCUGUGGCGUGAUGGCCGGAGGCAAGAAGCACCUGGACUUCUAGCAAUUCCUCCUUAGUUGCUGCCUGCAGAAUUAUAUGACACUCUAAUUAUGAUUGCUAAUGGGCUUAUGUAAAUAUUUUUCUUAAUGAUUUGACCCUCCAAUUCUUUAAAAACACAGGAUUGCAAAAUGAGGCCACCAUUCGUCAUUUUUAAACCGUCUUUUUUAUACAGAAAUAGUACAGCAGAAAUACUUUCAUUUAAAAAUUUUGUUUUAUGCUAUGUCUAAAGAAAAUAGGUAAUUUUAUUUUUGAAUAAGAGCAAAUAAAAUGUCAGAAAUUCAAGCUGCCUUACAGUGGUCAUUAGUGUAUGUGUGCUAAGGCACUUAGCUCAUGGUAAAAUACAUGGCAUAGCGGGUAGCAUAUAAAGCAUUAUGAAAUUCAAAAUUAUAUGUGAAAAACAUAUUUUCUCUUUAUUUUUGAAAAAAUCGCUUGCCACCAAAAAGGCUAAGGUUUUCAAAAGAAUGAAAAAUUUGUUAAUAUACGAAGACUAUAAUGAAAUGAAUUUGCAUUUAUGCAUCCUGUUAUUAAAUUGAUGAAGACAAAAUAAUAUUUUGGGAUUCAGACUCCAUUAAAGAUAAUUAGUCUACUGUAGAAGUUAAUAAAUAUAAAGAACUCGAAUGAUAGAAAGCAUACAAAAAGUUUAUGGUCUUCUGUUUAGAAAUCCUAAACAAUUGAAGUCAUCACUAUGAAAUUAUGUCAACACACAUAAUUUAGGAUUGAAAUUCAAACUGACAGCUAUGUUAAUGCUAAGAUACUAGGGGGGAAAAAAACAUGUUUUGAGAGAUUUUUACAGAACGUAGGUCUGAGACAAAGUAAGAAACUGAAGCUAACCCAGAUUUUCACUGCACCAGGUAAACCCUUUGUUAAUUGUGAACAUUGGAUGGGUAUGUACAUUUAUAACCAUAGAAACAUGUCUUUUGCGGUAUAUAGCAUACUGAGCUAGUUUUCAUAUAAAACACUAGUUUUUUUGAAUCAUAGUUCCAUCUUCUCAAAGAUUUUGACAAAUAGUAGACAAAAAACAAUUUCAAAAGUAACUUGCAUAUUUGUUUCAAUUUUUUAAAAGCUGUUUAACAUUCUUUAGGAGAACCUGAAUUUCCAAAACACAUUUUUGAAAAUGUUAGAAUAUUUCAAAGCAGUUAUAACAUUUUAAGCAGUUUGCUUUUAAUAUACCACAAAUUACACUUUAUUUGUUCUUGACAACAUUGUAGAAAACAAAGACAAGGUUUUUAAACUGUCUAACCAAUAUGAUGAAUGUCAGUCACUUAAAAAAAAAAACCCACUGUAGCAUAAACACAUACUGUAUACAGCUUUUAUUCAGAAUUAGAAUAAUUGAAUCAAUGACAGUGAUUUGCCAGGAUGUCAAAUCUCUCCAUCAUAUCCUGUCACUACCAGUUUAUUUUUUGUGAUCAAAAUCAAAAAGACAACUAUUUUGUCACCUGCUAUUUCAUUAGUACUAAAAAUCAGGUUUCUUCUUCUAUUUUUUUAGAAUGUCUGGUUUAUUUUUUUCACUUCUUUUAAUUCGAAAGACAAAUUCUUCCCCAUUUUCUUUUCAAAAUAAAGUUUCAGAAUUGAUCUGUCAGUUAAAAUUAAAGGGCUUUUAUAUUAAAUACAGGUGCUUUUAAAAUUUAAAGCAACUGCAAAAAAAAAUCAAUUUAGUCCAUAGAUAAUAAAUAACGUGCAGGUACUCCACAAAAGCUUUGCUUUUUCUUUUGAAAGCAUUAUGAAUAACCUGAAUAAAUUCAAAUGAAUAUUUUAGUUGGGUUAUUAUUUUAAUAACUCUAACCUUUUUCUUACCGUGUUGUGACUCAUUUCAUACAAACACACACGGAACAAUUACAUAGACUCUGAAAAGGAAAUGUGAGGUCAUCAGAUAUGUAAAUUGCUUGUCAAAAAUACUUAAUAGGUCAUUGAUUUACUACACUGGCCAUCAUGUCUAUAAAAUUAACAGCCGAUUACUAGUUAAUAUAUGCUUCGCAAACAGAUAAAUACUAUAAAAAUUGAACAUGCGUAUUUGAACCCAACUUAUUUUAAACAUAAAAGAAACUUUUCCAACUCAAUAAAAGUACAUUCUGAACAAUAAUAGUACUUGAGCUUUCCAAAAUCAGAUGCAAGUGCUUUGUUCUGAUUCACUAGGCAGGCUUUAUAAAAAUAAGCUACUGAAGAGGGAUGUAUUUUUUUCUUGAUAAAAACACUAAAAUUUUGUUUUCCUUCCUUCUGGAAACAUUAUCAGUUAGCCAUAUGCUAAUAACUUAAUACAUAAAAAUAUGGGUCUCCAAUAAUACUGUUGUAGGUAUUUAGACCAUUUUGAUACAUUAUGAAAUAUACACUCUAAAAACAGGUUUGUUUUCAAUUAUCGACUUGUCUCCGAGAUAUAAAUACUAAAGUAACAAUGCCAAACAUAGUAUUUGAAAUGGUCUCAUAUCUUUUAAAUGUUGCUAAAACUUUAAAACUCUCUAUAGUAUUCAUUUCUUACACUAGAUUUGUCUUUCUUUAACAUGAUGUAAAUAUUUUGAUUGCUGCAGUCUGCUCAGGUGCUGGGGUCCUAAGACCUGAAUUUCUUUUUCAGUAGUUACUGAUUUCCACUUUUCUCUUCCUCUCUUUCCAUUUAUUCUUUAUCUCCAUCUCUAGGAUCUGCAAAUACCAACACUAAACAAAAUGAACUACUUCAAAUGGAAGCCACACUCAGCAAUCAAUUCCUUGUCUGUCUUUUAAUUUUCAAGAAUCAGACACAGGCACCCACAUACAAAAGAAAAAUGGGGGGAGUAUUUGUUUGUUUAAGCCCAUUAUGAAUGUCAUUUCAAAACAUGUUAAUGCCUUCCAAUGAUAGUCACCAUUGAUACCGUGGAAUUUAAGCAAUACUAACUCUAAGUACUUAUACUUUAAACUUUAAAACUGAGCAGUUAAGUCAUUGAGAACUGAUGCAAAACAAACAAAGAAAAA